GUUUUAGGGCGGGACUUCGUUUUACAAACCGGACCGUGAGUCCUUGCGUUCUCUCUUUCCAGUCGGCGCUGAGCCAUGGGCAUCUCUCGGGACAACUGGCACAAGCGCCGCAAGACCGGGGGCAAGAGAAAGCCCUACCACAAGAAGCGAAAAUAUGAGCUGGGACGCCCUGCUGCCAACACUAGGAUUAUUGAUGUGGUCUACAAUGCAUCCAACAACGAACUGGUCCGCACCAAGACCCUAGUAAAGAACUGCAUCGUGCUCAUUGACAGCACACCGUACCGACAGUGGUACGAGUCCCACUAUGCACUGCCCCUAGGCCGCAAGAAGGGGGCCAAGCUGACUCCUGAGGAAGAAGAGAUUUUAAACAAAAAGCGAUCAAAGAAAAUUCAGAAGAAAUACGAUGAAAGGAAAAAGAAUGCCAAAAUCAGCAGUCUUCUAGAGGAGCAGUUCCAACAGGGCAAGCUUCUUGCUUGCAUCGCUUCAAGACCAGGCCAGUGUGGCCGAGCAGAUGGCUAUGUGCUAGAGGGCAAGGAGCUGGAGUUCUAUCUGAGGAAAAUCAAGGCCCGUAAAGGCAAAUAAAUCAUCCUCCCUCCUAGCUUAGCCCAUGUAAUAAAGGUGUUUUGUGUUCUGUGUCCAGGUUGUUUGAAUACUCGAUUGGCAAACUGGAGAGUGCCCCCACUUCCCUCUCCCUGAAGGCCAGGCCUAUUAUGUAGUCUGUGCCUUUCUAUAAUAAAGAGGACAUUUCUCACCCCAAAGGUUGACCAUCAGUGGGGGCAGGGAUGUGGCAUUCAGGCCAAACAGAGACCAUAAUAAGGGAGGUAUCCCAUCACUGGGACCCCCAACAAUACUGGGGUAUUGACUGGACCGUGAUUGGAACCUGAAGCAAUGUUUCCUCUAACGUUGAUUCGUUUAGACAUCCUAUACCUCUUGGACCUGGUUUUAACUUAGUUUACAACCUGGGUUUACAAGUGGUCUUGAAAUCUUGAAAUUGUGUUAACAGAUUUCUGCACUGUUGAAAGCAAGUUACAUAUACUUAAAUAUAUGUAUUCUGUCAGA